AAGUCUGGGCAGGGGGACGGGUUCCUGUUGUGGCAGGUGUUCUGGGCUGGGAAUCGGCUUCGCGACGUUGCAAGUUCAGAGCGGCAGCCUGCCUUAUAGGAGGCCAGGGUCGUUGAGCGCUGGCGUGAAAGUAGCUGCCCCCGGCCCCCACGUCCAGUGCCCACCUCCCCAGACCAGGGGAGGCCCCUCUGGGAAGGGGUGGCUCUAGAGAGGACUUGGUUGGGGGGGGGCUUGGGGAACCCGGGUGUGAUCGCCCUGACAGUGCCGCAUCCCACUGUGCCCUUUGUAGGGUGCUCCCAGAGCCUGUAUACAAAUGUGUAUGGAGUUCUGGCCGGGUCUUGGCUUCAAAAUUCUGAACUGCUGAUCCAUUGCCCACCUUUUGGCUCCAACUCAUCAGAACCUUUCUCCCCACAGCAGGCGUCCUCUCUCCCUUUAUAUUUUAGUUCUAUAGGAUUUUUCACUGAUAGAAUCCCAAUCUUGUAACCAGAAGCCUUUUGCAAGCAGAUCCGGAAACCUCUCUUCGUAGCAUGACACAGGAAGGAUAACAUAUAAAGCUCAGGCACCCUUAUUAAUUUCCAUGUAUCUGUAAGACCUGAACUGGUGAAACGGCGUCCUCUGCGCUUACGUAUUACUCCAUCUCCCGUGUUUCCAGUGAGGCUCCCACAGCUCUGAAUAACCGGAAUUUGAGAUUUCAUUGCCCUGACACCCACAGGAGGAGGUUUCUGAUAUCAUGAUUCGCCUAUUAACGUAGCUUCUCAUUCAUUUUUAAAAAAUGUAUUCAGAAACAGAGAUGGCUGAGCAUCUAUGCUGCUGGGGCUCAUGCUGGGGGCCAGGGUUACUAAAAUGCAUAGGGCAUGACCUCUAGGCUUGAGUCAGUCAGAGUCCUGCAGGGAUGAUUGACAAGUACGGGGACAAUUAAAAUUAUCUCGGGGUGGUGAAUGCUGGGAUGGGGGUCAGCACGGGCUGUGGGAAGACAGAGAAAUCUACACCAGUGGGUAGGUGGUAGUCAGGGAGAGCUUCUUGGAGGAAGUGGCACCUGGGCUGAUUCUCGGAAGAUACACAAGGAUUCACCAGGCAAAGAGGGAGAAAAAGACAUCAAAUGCAUUGUGUAUAAAGGCACCAGGGCAGAUGUGCUGUGUGGUCGCUCUGCUGGACUCUGUAUGUACGUGUGUGUGUGUGUGUGUGUGUGUGUGUGUGUGUGUGUGUGUGUACACGCACAUGUGCACACGUCAUGGGGAAGCAGAAGGAAAGGGCCUGGCGAGAGGUGAGCUGGCUGGGCUGGAUCAGGACGGGGGCCUCGUAUGUCAUGCUAAGGAGCUUAGAGUUUAGCCCAAAGCCAUGGGGAGCUACUGAAAAGGGUUUUAAGCGGGGGAGAGCCAUGAUCAGAUUUGUGUGUUAGUGGCAUCACCCUGGCGGCCUUGCAGAGGAUGGAUUGGAGGCGCCAAAGCUAGAGGCAGGGAGAUCAGUCAGGAGUUCUUGGCAUUUUCUCUGCAGUUCUACAAAUCUGACGAGGCUGGCUGGGGUGGGCCUGGCACACACCAGCUUAGAGAGGAAAUAAAAGCUCUGGAGACCCGUCUGGAAGGGCUCCCAGACUCAGGGUUUAAUUCCACCUUCAUUUGCUGAUUCCCUAGCCUGCCACCCCUGCCCCAGCCUGAAGGACCCACCGGACCCCCAUAUUCCCAGAUCCUGCCCUCCCCAGAAGCCUCAGAACCUGGCAGCUCUCAGCAUUGGAUCAAAAAGGGUCAUGCUGGUCUGGGCCCCUCCCGGGACCCUGGAGUGCCAGGCCGCAAGAGCCCAAACAUUGUCUUUCCUCUCACACCCAGCCGCCGUCCGUAGGGCACAGAGCAGCCAUUGAGGGGCCGUGGGGCCCUGGUGGAGGUACCGGGCCCUGUUACAGGCAGCGGCUUAGUCACGCUCCUAGGACUCUUUCUCCCUGGGACAAGCCUGUCCUUGUGUUAAGGGCCGUCCUCACCCAGCAGCCCGGCUCACAGCAGCUGCGGGACCCUCUGCGAACCCGUGACAGUGCACUUCAGAGGCGCCGCCAAAGGAAACCAAAGCCCAGCGUGAGAGCUGAGUCCUGGGGAGCAGAGGGGCACCCGGGACGGCUGCUCUGAGAGCCCUCCCCCCUUCACCUCAUCAGAUUUAUAAGCUGGAGAUGAGGGUCGCUAGAGCCCAGGGAUGGCAGAGUUUGUGACACUUGGGCAGAAGCUGCAGCUGCAGGGUCCGGGCCGGAGUUAAGUGAUGGUGUCACGUGAGCACCUGCUGAAAACCAGGCGGGAGGAACAGUAACCCCAGGAGAGCACAGGCUGCUGCCGGGAUGCAGGGAUGACGCCUCCGCGGGCCCCAGCCUCCCUCCCGCCUGGGUGCUAGGAGCCGUCCCUGGGCUCCAGCCGGGAGCCCUGCCGCUCAGGGGCAUGGCCAAACCUUUCUUCCGACUCCAGAAGUUUCUCCGCCGGACGCAGUUCCUGCUCUUCUUCCUCACAGCCGCCUACCUGAUGACCGGCAGCCUGCUGCUGCUGCAGCGGGCCCGCGUGGGCCUCCCGCCGGGCCCCCGGGCCCCCGGCCCCCUGCAGGCCCUGCCCGUGGCCGCCGUGGCGCUGGGCGUGGGCCUGCUGGACAGCCGAGCCCUGCACGACCCCCGGGUCAGCCCAGAGCUGCUGCUCGGCGUGGACGUGCUGCGGGGCCCCCUGGCCCGGCCCCGGCCCGGCCCCCGCUGGCUCCGCAGCCGCAACUCAGAGCUGCACCAGCUGCGGCGCCGCUGGUUCCACCACUUAAAGGGGGACCCCCAGGGGCCGCCCGCCCUGGGCCCCGAGGCCCCCAGGCCAGCCGCCAGCAGCCAAGGCACAUACAUGGGAUGCUUCAGUGACGACGGCCAGGAGAGAACUCUGAAGGGGGCUGUGUUUUUUGACUUGAGAAAGAUGACCGUCUCCCACUGCCAGAAUGCGUGCGCUGAGCGGUCCUACGUCUAUGCCGGUUUGGAGGCCGGGGCCGAAUGCUACUGUGGAAACCGGCUCCCAGCAAUGAGCAUGGGGCCAGAGGAGUGUAACCAGGAGUGCAAAGGGGAGAAGAGCUCCGUGUGCGGGGGUGUGGGCCGUCUCUCCGUGUACCGCGUGGAGCAGCUGCAGCCCGGCUCCAGGAAGCGAAGGACCGUCACAUACCGGGGCUGCUUCCGACUGCUGGAGAACGUCACCCACGCCUUCCCCGACUCCCUGGUACAGGCCAACGUGACCGUGGAGACGUGUUCAGGAUUUUGUUCCCAGAAAGAGUUCCCCUUGGCCAUCCUCAGGGGCUGGGAGUGCUACUGUGCUUACCCCACCCCCCAGUUCAACCUGCGGGAUGCUGUGGACAGCUCGCUGUGUGGCCAGGAGUCUGAGGCCCAAAGGCUAGCGGAGUACUGUGAGGUCUACCAGACGCCCGUGCAGGAUACCCGAUGCACGGACCGGAGGUUCCUGCCCACCAAAUCCAAAGUGUUCGUGGCUCUGUCAAGCUUCCCGGGAGCCGGGAACACAUGGGCGCGGCACCUCAUCGAGCACGCCACCGGCUUCUACACAGGGAGCUACUACUUUGAUGGAACGCUCUACAACAAAGGGUUCAAGGGCGAGAAGGACCACUGGAGGAGCCGGCGCACCAUCUGCGUGAAGACCCACGAGAGUGGCAGGAGGGAAAUCGAGAUGUUCGACUCGGCCAUCCUGCUGAUCCGGAACCCGUACAGGUCCCUGGUGGCCGAGUUCAACAGGAAAUGUGCCGGGCACCUGGGCUACGCAGCUGACCGCAACUGGAAGAGCAAAGAGUGGCCGGACUUUGUCAACAGCUACGCGUCAUGGUGGUCCUCGCACGUGCUGGACUGGCUCAAGUACGGCAAGCGGCUGCUGGUGGUGCACUACGAACAGCUGCGGCGCAGCCUGGUGCCCACGCUGCGGGAGAUGGUGGCCUUCCUCAACGUGUCCGUGAGCGAGGAGCGCCUGCUCUGCGUGGAGAACAACAAGGAGGGGAGCUUCCGGCGGCGUGGCCGGCGCCCGCACGACCUCGAGCCCUUCACCCCCGCGAUGAAGGACCUGAUCAACGGCUACAUCCGGACGGUGGACCGGGCCCUGCGUGACCACAACUGGGCCGGGCUGCCCCGGGAGUACGUGCCCAGAUGAUAGGCCCCGGCCCGCUCUGCCCACCCUGCUGGGAGCCGGCCGCCCCCGCGGGGCUACGCACGUGCUCCAACUCUCGGGUGCCCCCCUGGGAUGCUCGGGUGCCGAUGCCACCUGCAGGGAGGUUCCCCACCCGCCCCCAGGGCUGCCUGCCUCCCGCACGGGGAGACUGGACGUGAGCCCCGGCCAGGCGGACCCGAUGUCACAGGAUGGACGCGAGGGGACACGCACUCCUAGCCAGACCCGCUUAGACCUGCCACUCGCUGCUCACGGUGCCCCAACGCGCCUACGCCACCACCCCGGCUGUGCCAGACGCUCCCAGGCUUGCAGGCGUGAACACUGAGGCAGGCGUGUGACGUCUGCACGUUCCUAGGGGCUGCCUGUCCGUCUCUCCCACACACUGACACACACGUGCACCCUGGGCUCUCGGAGGCCCCGGGCUUCCUGUUUCCAGCCCAGUGCAGGCUUGCUGCUCAGGGGCUUUGACUGGGGGAUACUGGGCUGGGCGAGCUGAGUGCUCCGAGGACCCGGGAGCCCGGCCUGGAGAUGGGCUCACAGCCUGUGCCCGCCGGGCCGGGCAGCCCUGACCGUGCACCUGCGUCCCGCAGUGUGUGUGGUGCGAUGACCGGGCCCCGCCAGCUCUGCGGCCCUGCCUCUCCCUUUGCUGGGGGUGGGCUGGUGGCACCAUGGGUGGAGCGGAGCUGCCCACACAAACCCCGCACCUCAGGACCGGCCACAAGUUCUGUGCACCCCCGACCCCCCAUCCAAAAUCAGCACUCCCUGGAGUGGGCGCCUC